AUGAGCUUACCUCCUGCCCGCCAAACACCUUUAACUUCGACGGGAACAACUCCAACGGCUGUGAAGGCGUUUGUAAGAAUGUUACUGGCGGCACUUGCACAUCCUGCACCACAACUGAUAACUGCAAAGUGGUGGAGUGCUUCAACAAUAGCUGCUUGCAUGCAAAAGUGUAGCCUGGCAAACCUCAUGAAACAGUUCACGGUCAGAACUCAGGCUGAGGCAGAUUCUUGGGACUUUUCUUUGCCUUCUGUUUCGACACAUCUCCCAAGCCCUAUUGACGUGUCGAAAGACCUGCCUUGA